UUAAAACUUCAAUUAUUCAAUAGAACUCAACCAUAAUCCUUUAGUGGCGGUUAAUUUUACAACGCGAAUAUCCCCAACCAAGUUCUCCGUCUCUAUUCUUCUUACUUUACUUCAAAAUUGUUCAAUACAUAACGAGAAUCUUUAACUAUCUUACUAAGAUGUCGUCUGGACUAGAAUUGAAAUUCACACGAUUAAGUGAACAUGCUUUUCCUCCACUAAAGGGUUCUGAAAAAGCAGCAGGAUUUGACCUGAAAAGUGCUUACGACUACGUGGUGCCGGCGCGUGGGAAGGAAUUGGUGAAAACUGAUCUUCAAAUUGAGUUACCUGCUGGCUGCUAUGGACGAGUGGCACCACGAUCGGGAUUAGCUGUUAAAAACUUUAUUGAUGUAGGAGCUGGAGUAAUUGAUGAAGAUUACAGGGGAAAUGUGGGAGUUGUCAUUUUCAACCACUCUGACAAAGAUUUUGAAAUUAAGAAAGGAGACCGUAUAGCUCAAUUGAUUUGUGAAAAAAUUUACUACCCAGUACUCAAAGAAGUCACCAACUUGUCUGAAACCAAGAGGGCCGAAGGAGGUUUUGGUUCAACAGGGAAAUAAAACAUUUUGUUUGGUUACAAUUACAUUUAUUUUUAACAGUUAAUUAGAAUUAAUAUCUUUAUAAAAAUGGAAUGUCAACUUAUGAGAGUACUACUAUUUCAUAAAAUAUAAUUUUAAGUUUUGUACUAUCUGGUCCUACGUUCAGUAGUGUUUGCAUUUAUGGAAAAUCAUGAAUAAUUCAUUCCAUCAGAUCUAAGGCCAAUUAAGCAUGUUCCUAGAGGUGAUUGUAAAAUUGAUACAUAGCAUCAUCAUACAUUACUUUUUUCUUCUAAUUAUCUAGAUUGUAAGUAUUGUGAUAAUUCUAAUGUUUGUAUUGAUAAGGCUUUCAUUUUAUGAUAAGACAAUAAACUGUUCGAUACUAUAA